GGUGUCGGGAGGAGGAAAUCGGUGGAGUCAGUCACAUCAUCCUGUCUUCGAUGUGUUGCAAGCGGAUGGUUGUGAAACGGUACGAGGGCGCAGGUGAUUAGUGAUCUGGUGCUGAACGGUUUGUUUACGGUGUGAGAAGUGUUUUCUGAUGUGUGGCGUAGGCUUCAGCUGGCGUCACGGAUGGUAUUGAGCACGGAUCUUGGUUCUGCACGCGGUAGAACGCAGAUGGAGCUGGAUCUGAAUCCAGUGAUUCCUUCUUUCAGUGGCGGCUCCGUCGGCAAUUCGUGAUUAUUGCCAUGCGCUGCGAUGUGGUGUGUACCCUGAAUUGUCAUGUGGGACACCGCGAGACUAUGAGUCUGAGUUUACGGGAAUGUCAUUGUCGGACCACUCUUGGGUAUUAGUAGCAGCGACACCGCGUCAAGCGUCGGCGAGGACAAUUGGGGCGCUGAACGGUGCAACCGGGGUGGAGAGCGUUUCGUGGGGGGACAUAGGCUUACUGGAUUCACAAGCACUUUACCUUACAGUAGUGUCUUCGUUUCGCAUGAUACGCGGCUUGCGAGUCGCCUACUGUUAUUCCUGGAUGCAGAGAAGAUUGUAGGAGGCGAUCGUGUUGGACAUGCAGCAUAGAAUCUGCACGCCGGGGUAGUAUGUAGCAAUAUGUGUUUUUGUUGUUCGCUUGAGCCGGAUUGUGUACGGAUGCAUGGAUGGGUUGGCAAAUGACGGACUGCAUUUAACAUGAGAGUGGAUGAGUGGUUACUGGCGAGAGGCAUGCUUCCCUGG